AUGGAGAGGGAGAACAGCACUGAGGUGACAGAAUUCAUCCUACUUGGUCUGACCCAAUCUCAAGAUGUUCAACUCCUGGUCUUCACACUAGUCUUAAUUUUCUACCUCAUCAUCCUCCCUGGAAAUUUCCUCAUCAUUCUCACCAUCAGGUCAGACCCUGGCCUCACAGCCCCCCUCUACUUCUUCCUGGGCAACCUGGCAUUCCUGGAUGCAUCCUACUCCUUCAUUGUGGCUCCCAGGAUGCUGGUGGACUUCCUCUCUGAGAAGAAGGUGAUUUCCUAUAGAGGCUGCAUCACUCAGCUCUUUUUCUUGCACUUUCUCGGGGCAGGGGAGAUGUUCCUUCUUGUCGUCAUGGCCUUUGACUGCUACAUUGCCAUCUGUCGUCCUUUACACUAUUCUACUGUCAUGAACCCUAGAGCCUGCUACGCCUUGCUGCUGGCUCUGUGGCUUGGGGGGUUUACUCAUUCCAUUGCUCAAGUGGCUCUUAUUAUCCACUUGCCCUUCUGUGGUCCAAACCGACUGGACAACUUCUUCUGCGACGUGCCGCAGGUCAUCAAGCUGGCCUGCACUGACACCUUUGUGGUGGAGCUCCUGAUGGUCUCCAACAGUGGCCUGCUCACCCUCCUGUGCUUUCUGGGGCUUCUGGCCUCCUAUGCAGUCAUCCUCUGCCAUGUAAAGGGGCACUCCUCUGAAGGGAAGAGCAAGGCUCUGUCCACAUGCUCCACACACAUCAUCAUCGUGUUUCUCAUGUUUGGACCUGCCGUCUUCAUCUACACCCGCCCCUUCAGAGCCUUCCCAGCUGACAAAGUGGUUUCUCUCUUUCACACUGUAAUCUUUCCUUUGAUGAACCCUGUGAUUUAUACCCUUCGCAAUCAGGAAGUAAAAGCUUCCAUGAGGAAGUUGUUGAGUCAUCACAUGGUUUGCUGA